AUUUUCUCCAGUCGCAAGUGUCACGCUGCUCCGGUUAGUGCUGUCGAGUCCCGGUUCUCGUCCGCCGUCAGUUUUCCGCGUCGUAUCUGUCGUUGUAAUAUUAAUUAAUAUAUUUAUAAUUAUUAAUUUCAUUGGUCAUCUUGGUUUUCUCUGCCGAAUGUGUCGCGGAACACGACCGCCGAUAAUAUCGUAACUACACUGCAGUGUGCAAUAUACGCGAUUUAUUCUGCAGGGGUGCUCUUCUUUUCUUUGCUGCAAGAUGCGGCGAUUAUCUCUUCUCGUCGUCUUGACGAUUACAGGGUUGGUAGGAUGUUGGGCAACUUCAACUGAAACCCGAUGCAAAUUUCCUGGUGCACCAGCACACUCAACUGUAUCGUUUUCCAAUGAAACGUUAACCACUGGUGCAAUAGCUACGUAUACUUGCGAAAGAGGAUUUGAACUUCUAGGACCAGCAAGAAGAGUAUGCGAAUCUACUGGCGAAUGGCUACCAGAAGGAAUACCGUUUUGCGUGUUAAAUGUUGCUGCGGGCAAAGCGCCUAUGCAAAUCAGCUCAGAACCCGGCGGCCUACCUCAAAAAGCCAUCGAUGGUAGCACCAGUUCAUUUUUCAGCCCCGAAACAUGCACGCUCACCAAACCGGAACGUACCCCAUGGUGGUAUGUUAAUCUGUUGGAACCAUACAUGGUACAGUUGGUGAGACUGGAUUUCGGUAAAGCCUGUUGUGGCAAAAACAAACCGGCUACGAUAGUCGUGCGAGUGGGAAACAACAGGCCCGACCUGGGCACGAAUCCUAUAUGCAACCGAUUCACUGGGUUUAUUGACGAAGGAAAACCGUUGUUCCUUCCGUGCAAUCCACCUAUGCCAGGAGCGUUCGUUAGUGUCCACAUGGAAACCGCUAGUGGAUCCACUCAGUUAUCAAUAUGUGAAGCUUUUGUCUAUACAGAUCAAGCGUUGCCAAUUGAAAGAUGUCCACAAUUUAGAGAUCAACCACCAGGAAGUACUGCCACAUAUAACGGAAAGUGUUAUAUAUUUUAUAACCGUCAGCCAAUGAAUUUAAGAGACUCAUUAGGGUUCUGCAGAUCAAGAGGUGGAACAUUGGUCGAUGAAAGUAACCCCGCGUUACAGGGAUUCGUCAGCUGGGAACUGUGGAGAAGACACAGGAGUGAUUCACAAAGUCAGUAUUGGAUGGGUGCUGUAAGAGACACUCACAACAAAAAUAAUUGGAAAUGGUUAAAUGGUGAUGAUCAAACAGUAUCUUUUUGGAGUUUACCGUCAAGUGGUUCUGAAACCACAUCUAUAAAUGGAGGCGAUUGUGCACGAUUUGAUGGUUCCAAAGGCUGGUUAUGGUCAGAUACUAAUUGCAAUGCUCCGCUAAAUUUCAUUUGUCAACACCAACCAACUGCUUGUGGUAGGCCAGAACAGCCACCAAAUUCAACAAUGAUAGCUGAAAACUUCAAUGUGGGCACUGCGGUCGAGUAUUCUUGCGAUGAGGGCCACCUGUUGAUCGGGCCGUCUACUCGUACAUGUCUCGGAACAGGAUUUUAUAAUGAAUUUCCACCCGUGUGUAAACGAAUUCAAUGUGGUUUUCCUGCGGACAUUUCAAACGGCAGCUAUAAGCUAAUCAAUGGUACCGUCAACUACUUAAGCCAAGUACAAUAUAGUUGCAAUGAGGGACAUAAAAUGAUCGGCAGGGAUAGAUUAAUUUGCGAUUUAGACGAAAGAUGGGAUGGACCACCUCCAAAGUGUACAGUCCAAAAAUGUGAUGAUCCUCCGGUAAUUCCUAAUGGUGAAUACCAGAUGUCAAACAAUGAAAGCAUUGUCGGUACACUAGUGGAGUACACGUGUGUGUCUAGACGAUUCCGUUUGGUCGGACCUAAACAAUUAGUAUGCUUACCAAGUGGUCAGUACGACAAUAAGCCACCUUAUUGUAAAGAAGAAAUCAAAACACCGAUUGUACCAGCCGUGUUGGUGACCAAGACUGUAUCGACUAGUACUGUUCCUAGCAGCCGUGCGCCACCGACUCCUAAUCGUGAAAAACCACGGCCGUUCACAACCAAGCCAACCAUAUUAACGAAACCAGCUACUGAUCAGGACGAUAGCGGCCAAACGUCAUCCAAUGUGGUAAUCGCCUCGGCGCAUCCGCAUGACAACGAGAUUCCGGAUAGCGUUCACGUCCGAACAAAUCCGAAUGCGGCCAACAUACCGUCUCAGGUGGAAAGCGAACACCGGCUCGGCCCCAAAUUGAAUUUGGGAGCAAUAAUCGCGUUGGGUGUGUUCGGAGCAUUUGUAUUCCUGGCAGCAGUUGUGACCACAAUCGUCAUACUAGUGAAAAGGAAUCGCAGUGCCAAACAUUUCCGGCACCGGGCAUCGCCAGACACCAACACGGUCGCCUCGCUGGACUCGUCAGGUUCCGAGAGCCGGGGAGGCCUGAACCGGUACUACAGGCAGGCGUGGGAGAACCUGCACCAGUCGGCCGCGUCGCCCAAACACUCGCGGCCGCACCAUCACCACCAUCACCACCACGCGGGCGGUAGGCGCAAGGAUACCGCGGCCGACGGGUCACCCCGCGUCGAGAGCAUGCGCGACGGGUCCGAGCUGGUCGUCAACGACGUGUACCACCCGCGGUCGACGGCGGCGCCGAUGGACCACAACAAGAAAUCGUCCAGGCAUCACCACCACCAUCACCAUCACCAGAACAGGGCGGCCAACCGAUAUUGAUGGCGGGCGCGAACUGUAGUAUAAUUAUUACAGGCGAGAUUUCGACGUCGCCCACGACUUGUACUACAGUAUAAUAAUCUAUAAUAUAACUGCAGCAGCUGCUGACGUCGCGCGGUCAUAAUAAUAUUAUAUUUAUACUCAUAAAGUUAAACGUUAGUUAGGUGUAUGCCUAUUUUUAUUAUUUUACACUAAUUAUUGUAUACAGAGCGAUUGAUUCACUUCCAACAACGGAAUCGCUCGUUGUUUAGAAAAUUAUUCACUGUUUUGGAAAACUCAAGGUACUAUAGGUAUACCUAUAUGGACGCAAUCAUAUAUAUUAUUUUUUUCACGUUUGUCGACUGAUCAAGAAAAUACUCAAGUAGGAAAAAUAUUGAUGUACCUACCUACCUACCUACCUACCUAUGAAUAUCGAAUAUUGUGAACGAAUUGUUUUGUACCAUUAAUAAACAUUUAAAGUUUAGACGAGCGGAGUAUAUCUAGCGAACCACAAAAUAUGUUUGCAGAAUGUACCCACCGUAGCCUCUAAACUUUAAAUGCUUAUAAAUGAAUAAUGUUAAAUUUGCAAUCGUCUUCAGUUUUCCCGAAUAAACACUUUUAUAAAACUUCAUACUUUUUUCAAAAAAACCAUUAGGUACAAUAUGUAAUAAUGAGUGUUUGCAGCUGUACAAAAAUCGCAAAGUAGCGAGUGCUGCACUAACCACACUGCGAUUAUGCAUGUCAUAUUGUUACAUAUACAUUAACGGUUUCGCAUCCCGCAGUUUCAUAAAUACCAAAGACUUAAAUACUAUUUUUAUUUUUUUUUUAUUAAACAUACGACUAUACGAGACACUGAAUGUACUUGAAUGAUAAUACAAUCGUCGAUAUGUUCGUCGGAACAAGUUUCCUCGGAUUAUUACUAUUUUCUAUUUAUUUUUAAAAAAAUAAUAUUUUUCGGGUGAGUGCUUUGAUAUUUGGUUGAAUAUACUUAUGUAAAAGAUAAACUAUGACAAAUAUAUUUUAUAGUAUCAAUUAACAGUGAUUUUAAACUAUCAUUGAAAUUGGUUUCUAAUAUAUUCAUUGUUGAUUUAAACAGAUAUCAAAGUGUUGGUGAUUGCUUUGUAAAUACAAAAUUCUACUUCAAAUAUAAUCACUAUAUACCAAUCCAAUCUCCCGAAUGAACCGAUUUAUUAUUAUUUUAUUUAUUAACUAAUUACAUUUUUACAAAGAUACACAGUUCAUACCUUCCUUAAUUCUCGUAGUCCCAAUUAGUUCACAAAAACAGCAGUUAAUUAAAUUAUAUUUACAUAGGUAUUAACUACAAAAAAUGCACUUAUUAAACAAAUAGAUUCUUUGGAAAACUUGUACCCAUAGUACAUGUGGGUAUAUUUCUUUAAUUUUAUUGUAGAAAAUAUAAAUUAAUUAAACAAAUAAUAGGUAAUUUGUAUAUAAAAUAUAUUACUAAACAUUAUAAUAUAAAUGACAUAAAUGUAAAAUAUCGCGAUCAAUAAUUUUCGUGGAAAGUCAAAUAGGCACCUAUGUUCAUUGUUUGACUUUUAUUUCUUCAAAAUAUUUCAAUUCUUGAGUUUUUAUAAUAUUUAGAUAAAUAACCCUUUCGCUAUUGAAAGAUCGUAUCACUUUAUUUUUCUAUUUGUCCAUCUCUAUUAUAUUAUUACAUUAUAUAUAAUAAUAUUAUAAUAUAGUUGAUUCUCAAGCCUAAAAAUUAUUUUACUUGUAGAAUGUAGAAAUACAACUAUCAAUGACUGACAGUUAGAAAAAUAAAGCUUUAAGUCAACCGAAAAAUUAAAACCCUCAUUUUUAGUUUCUUUUUAUUUAUAAGAAAUAAGAUCCAUUAUAUUAUAUUUGUCAGCAUUGGACACACAAAUAUAAAAUAAUUUUUUAAUGAUAUAUAUUAUUUUUAAUGUUACCUUUUCUGACGUUGAAUUUUAAGUCAAUAAUGUUUAAGCUUAAUUAUUAUUAUUAUUAUUAUUAUACAAUAAUAUUUAUUAUAUAUAUAUAUAUUGUGAAUUAUUUAUUUAUUUAUAUAAUAUAAUACUAUACAUAUAUUUUUUUUUAAUGAACCGUUUUGACCACAGUAUUGUAUCGUAAUUACCGUGGUUAUAACAAACACGUUCAAAUGAGAUGAUAUGUUUCUAUUUUUUAUGUAAUUAACAGAAUUGUAAAAAAUUGAAACAUAUUUUUACUGCCAAAGUUGAUCGCGUUUAUCUAUAUAAAAACAUAAUAUUUUCAUAUUGUUUAUCUUUAGACUAAUUAUUGAGUUUUGUAAAUAUAGUAAACAUAACCAAAGUAUUAUAAUAUAUUUUGACUUAUAUACUA